AUGCCUUGCUCUGCAGUUGGCACGUCAGUUUAUGAGAACUUGAACAAGCCCAGAUAUCUAAAGAGGACGGUGUUCCUCGAGCAUAGGAGCUCGCAAAACUCAAUAUCUCAUAUCGAGCUGUUUGCUUUGCUUCGUUGGUUUUUAUCCUCGAAAUCACAUCGCUCGGGUGAAUCACUGGCCAAUCUAAUUCCGAUUCGGAUAAACCUGCCCAAUCGCAAUCGUCCAUCGCCGACCCAAUCUCAAGACGCAGAUACUCCAGCAUCCUACCAGGUGAUCCGUGAGACUGCAAGUCUCAAGCACUUAACAGAGCUGAAAGUAGGACAUUGGAGCUGA